AAAACGUCAUCCUAUCUGCAUGCAAAUGAUUAUUUUUCGGUAUGCAUUGUAGUAUACAGAAUGAACAUUAGAAUGAAAAAAUUAUUUCCCAAAAUGGAAGAAUUGAUAGAAAGUCCGUGGCAAGAACGAAUGGAAUGCAAAAAAAAAGAAAUAGAAUCAAAUAAUGAUACAGUCCUUUUAUCAAUUCAUCACCAAGACUUGGCUGUUACAAUGAUAUCGUCCGUCAAAAUGCAAUAAACAAAAAAGUAAGAAUAGAUAAGAUCUUGAAUCCAUCAUCAAUUUAAUUGUUUGUAUUCCUAUCGAGACAGGCGCCUCCUACAAUCUUUUCUCCAUUUCUAAAUAUUUCCAGUAACAGGUACGGUGUAUUAUUAUCACAAGAUAAUGUUUUAUUUGUUAGCAAAAGAUGCAAUGAAGAUAUUCGUACAAACAAUUCGUUUUCAAGCAAACAAUUUGAAUGCUGAUAUAAAUGACAUCACAUCAGGGAGACGGUUCAGAGGCCUACCCGGACGCGAGGAAAUCGUUUCUGUGCUCAUCAGGAAAAGUAAAAAAUCAAUUUUGAAUAGAAAAAGACAAUAUUUAACUAUCAAACGUGUGAUUAGUUAUUGGUUUUCGAUUAGAUUUUUGAAAUUAUCAAUUUUUGCAUUCGAAAAUGCAGUUGAUUAUGCGAAUUAGUUCCUCUAGAACUUGUAAUUCCAACUUACUGAGGCGUUCAGUUACCACACACCAGCAAGAUGUGAUGAAGAGAGACGAACAGUAUGGUGGACAUCAUUUCAAACCCCUGCCAGUGGUUUUAGAGAAGGGAGACGGUGUUUAUUUAUGGGAUAUGGAUGGAAAGAGGUAUCUUGACUUUUUGGCUGGUUUUUCGACGAUCAAUCAAGGACACUGUCAUCCCAGAUUGGUGAAAGUUAUGAGAGAACAGUGUGCAAAGCUUCAUCAUACUUCGAGAGCUUUUUUCACUUCAGUGCAUGGGGAAUUGGCCGAGUAUUUAACGAGAUUAUUCGGAUUUGACAGAUUCAUUCCCAUGAAUACAGGUGUUGAGGGUGGAGAUUUAUCAGUAAAAUUGGCGAGACACUGGGGAUACAAAAUCAAGAGAAUACCGGAGAACAAAGCCACUGUACUCUUUGCAGAAAAUAAUUUCUGGGGGAGAUCGCUAGCUGCAAUUUCAGCAUCGACAGAGCCCCUAAAUUACAAAGAUUUCGGACCUCUUGUUCCUAAUUUCGAAAAAAUUCCUUUCGAUGAUCUGGAAACACUGGAACAAAAACUUAAAACCAAUCCGCAUAUUUGUGCAUUUAUGGUGGAACCGAUACAAGGAGAAGCAGGCGUCCGUAUUCCAAUGGAUGGUUAUCUCAAGGGUGUGCGUCACUUGUGUACAAAGUACAAUGUCCUCUGGAUUGCCGAUGAAGUGCAAACAGGUCUCGGUAGAACUGGAUAUCGACUUGCUGUGGAUUACGAAAAUCAGAAGCCAGAUAUUUUAGUUCUUGGGAAAGCUCUGUCUGGUGGGAUGUAUCCAGUUUCGGGAGUCCUUGCCAACAAUGAGAUAAUACUUACUCUCCAACCUGGCACCCAUGGAAGCACCUUCGGCGGCAGUCCUCUAGCUUGCGCAGUAGCCCUGGAAGCAAUUCGAAUCCUGGAAGACGAGAAACUUGCUGAAAAUGCAAAGAGACUCGGCAACAUUGUCAGGACUGAACUCACGACACUUCCAAGGAAUAUAGCAACUGAGUUUCGUGGUCGAGGACUUCUUUGCGGUUUGAUGAUCAACAAGGAUUUCGCAGAAGGUUGGCAGGUUUGCUUGAGACUGCGUGACGCGGGGCUCUUAUCCAGACCAGCUCACGGUCAACUCCUUAGGAUUUCACCACCUCUUACUAUCAAUGAAAGUCAACUCAGAGAGGGACUCGAAAUCAUCAAAAAAACCCUCCUAACUUUUUGAAAAUAUUAAUUCUUGCUUCCCAAUAGAAGUUUUGCAAUUGUUGGAUUUUCAUAUUUUUUCAUUUUAUUUGGAAAUUAUGUAGAAUGGUCUGAAACGUAAAAAUACAAAAAUUGAUUCUAAUGCCCAACCAUACCUUUUCGCAAGUUAAUUUUUAGUAUGAUUAAGCUCUUAAACCCAUUCCAAAUGAUCUGAAAUUUUGUGAGACAGUUGACCAUACCAGUAUUACUAAGGGUAUUAAUUCACACAGUAUUUAUUCUGCGAGAAAUUUCAGCUUGAUUGCUUUAUUAGUAUUUGAGAAGUAGCGAUUCAUUUGUAAAUAAUUUUUCAAAAAUGUGGAAAAUUAUCCGAAUGAUCGCAUCUUUUUUUUCAACAUCCGUCAUGAUAUUAUGUAAUAAGUGCAAUCAACUAAUGUUGACCAAUCCUUGCUAGAAAUAAAAGUUAUGGUCAUAUUUCCGUUUCUGACUUGAAAUCUUUGUCCUUCAACUUUCGAAAGAACGAGAUAUUGACUUGAAAUUUGGCAUAAAGCCAAAUUUUCUUAUGAUUGCAAGGGUUCAUAUAGAGAAUGGGCUCAAUCGUAAAAUUAAAUUUCAAUUUUUUUUGUAACAUUCGUGUCAACAUCUAUACCCAUAAUUGAAAUUUAAAGUUUUUACGGUAUUGUUAUUUGGCG